AUGUUGCCUUACUGGGUGAAAAAAUCGUUUCUCAACAUUUUGUUGAGAAUUUCGGCAUUCUAUUUCUGCUCGGUUCAUUUUAUAUUCUGGAUUUACAAUGCAUUCUUCAAACAAAGGCAAUAUGUGACACCUCCAAAUGAUCGACUUCUUAUGAUAUCUGCAACUCAAGCUGUUAAAAUGAUUGCGAGUCGAGAAAUAUCAUCAACUGAACUUAUUGAAGCAUAUAUUCAUAGAAUUGAACAGGUUAGUAAUUACAUUUAACAAGAGAUUCUGAACUAUGACGGCCCGAAAAAUCUUGCAAGCUUUUUCGUGGAAAAAUGUAACUGUGGCUUCUGAGAAGUUUUGUACUUUUGUGGUUUAAAAACGUGAAAAUUUGAUUAUUUAUCAAUAAAUUUGAGCAAAUUGUAGUUCUUGGCACUUUUUUUGUUGAUAAAAAUAAAUAGUUCGAUAAAACUUUGAUUUCAGGUUAAUGAAACAAUCAAUGCAGUUGUACUCAAAUUAUUCGAUUCGGCUAGAGAAAAGGCGAAAAAAGUCGAUGAAUUCAUUCAAAAAAAUGAUGAUGCUGAAAUUUCGCAGAAAAUAAAACAACAACCACUUUUCGGAGUUCCUUUCACAAUCAAAGAUGCUCUUGAAGUUGAAGGUGAAAUAAUUACAUGUGGAAUAUUUUCGAGAAAAGAUCAAAAGUGUGAAAGAUCAGCUGAGGCUGUAAUUCGAAUGCAAAAUGCUGGAGGAAUUCUAUUGGCAGUGACAAAUGUUCCAGAAGUUUGUAUGUGGGUUGAAGCAGUGAAUACUGUAUAUGGAAGAUCGAAAAAUCCAUAUGAUACGAGAAGAAUGACUGGAGGUUCAAGUGGAGGAGAAGGCGCAUUAUUAGGAGCAGCUGGAUCUGUGGUAAGCAUUUCGGUUUUUUCAGAACUUGAUGUGAAUUAAAUUUUUGAUAAUUCAGAUUGGUCUUGGAAGUGAUAUCGGUGGAAGUAUUCGAAUGCCUUCAUUUUUCAAUGGUAUUUUUGGACUUAAACCAACUCCAGGUGUUAUUCCUUUAAGUGGACAUGUUCCUGAACCAACUGGAUAUAAAGAACAAAUGUUGAGAAUUGGACCAAUGUGUCGAUUUGCUGAAGAUUUGCCUCUUCUUUUACGAAUUUUGAGUGGUGAGGAAAAUGUUGCGAAAUUGAAUCUUGAUGAACCUGUGGCAAGAAAAAAGUUGAGAAUUUUCUAUCUGGAAGGAAUCUCAGAGAAUCCAGUUCUUGAACCAUUGAGUGAUGAUAUGAGAUAUGCUUUGAAAAGAGUGAGUCAUUUUUGUUGUUGGAAAGUUCAUGAUUUUCUAUUUUUAGUCUGUAAAACUUUUGGAACGUAAAUAUGAUUUGGUGGCACAAAGAAUUGAAUUGCCACUUGCCAAAAAUGUCAUGGAAUAUUUCUCACUUUCAAUGAAACAAGAUACAACUGAUCCAGAAUUCAACAAAAUGAUGUUGUGUUUGAAAGGAACAAAAGGAGAAGUGAACUGUUAUUCGGAAAUGGUCAAAUUCAUAUGUGGAAAUUCGAAACAUACUUUGGCUGCUAUUAUUACUGGAAUUCUUGAUUCACAUGAUCCAUUCAGUGAACAACAGAAAAAAGAAUUAUUAUACAAAAGAGACAGAUUGAAGAGACAAAUCACUGAACUUCUUGGAAACGAUGGAGUAUUGCUAUUCCCAAGUUGGCCAACUACUGCCAAAUUUCAUAAUGAACCAAUUUGUGCGCCUUUCAAUUUCUGCUACACAGCACUUUGGAAUGUUUUAGCAGUUCCAGUUGUUCAAUGUCCUUUGGGGUUGGAUAAACAUGGAGUUCCACUUGGUGUACAGGUUUGUCUUACAAGUUGUUUUUUGGAAAUAAUUGAAACAUUUUCAGGUGAUCGGUAACCCAUUAACUGAUCGUAAUUUGAUCGCUGUGGCACAAGAUUUAGAAGAAGGAUUCAAUGGUUGGGCACCAGCCGGACCGCUUUAA